AUGUCCUCACCGCCUCUAUCCCUUUCGCGAUUUGACACGCGGGACGACGACAGCGCCUCCACCGGCCACUCCUCCAUUGAAGUUAUUGGCCAGUUGCACCGUGUGCCGCAGGAAAACGUGCUAGCUACGUUGGAUCUAGAAACUUUGUCAAAUGCUAGGUACGGCUUGUCCGACGGCGGUCACUCGUCGCAAGGGCGCAUACCCAGCGACCUCGAAACGACCCAGUUAGGGAACUCCAACCCCAGACAGGCCUCAGAAAAUUCUAUUGAUCGCAAUCUAUCGGAUCGAGCUUUUUCGGAGGGAUGGCUGUCGCAGGCAAGGAUGGUGGGAAGCUCGCAGGGAAGUUGGCAAGGGAGUGUGCAGACUUCGGAGAGGGUUGUCUAUCGCCAAAUCGAGGGUAGCGACGGCGGCUCGCUCGCUAAUAUCUUGCGCUCAAACAGCACCUCUAGCUUACGCUCCAAUGCCGGCUCUAGCGUUCAGGGCGUACCCGCGGUGCACGACCAGUCUGCAUCUGCACCCUCGGUGUACGGCCAGUCCGCAUCGGCGCCCUCGGUGCACGACCAGUCCGGCUCUGAGCACCCCUCCUCAUCUCCCGAUUCCUCCUUCUUGACGGCGCCCUCCCACAAAUCCUCCUCUUCCUCCGCCGCCGCCAUCGUACCCCGCGCGCCCGGCACGCCGUCGGUCCGCAGUCGAAGCUCCGCCCCGUCCGACUCUGACCGCGAGCAGCGACGCCGCAGUCCGCUUACGUCGGGGAUAGCGAGCCCGACCUCGAGCGUGGCUGGGGGCGACGAGAACUCCGCGAAGUCCCGUCACGGUCCCCGCGCCCGAGCGUGUUCUGCGCCCCCAGGCGACGCAGGCGCGCGUAAGUACCCCCGUCGCGCGCCAGUACAGACUAUACGCGACAUCUCGAGUGGCGAGGUUUCCUUCGAUACGGGCCUUUCGAUCCCGUCGUCGCCUAUUCUGGGGCCGGAUGCGGAAACACUGAAGGGGUAUAAGAGGGCUAUGAAGACUGCGGAGGAGUCUCUGGCGAAUGAGCGGAGAGAACGGCCGAAAGAAAUAGAGCGGCUUUUCCGGGUGCACGCAUCUGACCUGCGCCGCAUCGAGGAGGGGCACGCAGCUAUAGUGCGUCGCUUUGAGGAAUCGCUCAAGCGGGAGAGGGAGGAGCGAGAAGCCGAGGUCAGGCGGGAGAAGGAGGAACGAGCGAACGAAGUGGGGCGUCUCGAGGAGACCCUCAAGCAGGAGAGGGAGCGGGAGAGGGAAGAACGAGCGAACGAAGUGCGUCGCUUUGAAGAGUCGCUCAAGCGAGAGAGGGAAGAGCGAGAAGCCGAGGUCAGGCGCGAGAAGGAGGCGCGAGCGAACGAAGUCAGGCGCCUGGAGGAGGCGCGAGCGAACGAAGUCAGGCGCCUGGAGGAGAUGCUCGAGGGCCUCAAGAAGACGCUCGAGGAGGCCCGAGAGGAAAAAUCAGUUUUAUUUAAGAAGCUACUAGAGAAGGUAUAGAUGCACCCAGCGCCCGUAGCCCACCGUGACGCUCUCGCUGCGUUCCUUUCCGCCUCCACACAUCGUUUCUUCCUAUCUGCUCUCGUUUGUCAUGCUUUCUGUUCGUGCUUUUCUACUCCCUCGCUAAAUGGUGCUUUGCAAUUGGAUCGUUACGCCGGAGUCGCCUUGUUGAUACCGUUU